AGAAUGCAGUGGAACACUCGACCUGCCGGUCGCGGCAAAUCCCAGACUGUCCGCGAUCUGGACGAGGAGCUGGCUCAAUCUACACGCGAACUCGUACUCUCCCUUCCGGCAAUUCAGAGGCAGAAAGAAAAGGCGGCAGCGACUUCGAUUUUCUCUGGACAUCGCAGUGGAGUGGGACGGUCAACGUACGACACCCAUCCGACUAAGACUGGCAGAGUCUGGUCCAAGGUUGACUUUUUCUCAUAUUCAGAGUUCUCGCUAUUGAACUUUGAACUUAGCUCUCGGGUUUGCAUUCAUCGACAUAUAAUAUGAUCCCAGCACAUAGAUUGAUGAGGACAUCUGGAUCAUGUCUGAACGUGCCCACAGCCAGAGCGCGGCUCGAGAUGACUCGAAGAAGGGUGUUGCCUCAUUUCUCUCCAGGAUGUCAGUAGAUCUAGUUCUCGCUUGUUCGAAACCUGAUCGCAAAUCUCCCAGCUGUGAAUACCGUUGCACAAAGUGGACCAAUAACGAUCGUUGCAAGUUGUGUCUUGGAUGGAGACGUAGAGGACGACGGUCAGUGUCC